AUAUCCUAGUUUGAACAAAAAGGGUCCUUGAGUUUAUUGGCUUCUUGCUGCAAUGGGGGAUGCAGAAAAUGCCCUUCCACCUUCAAAGAAGAGGGCUGCUGGAAGAGAAAUUUCUCGGGAUAACCCUGGGCUCAAUGAUGAAGAAAAUUAUUCUGAACAAGAGACUGGAACGUUUAAGAGGGCUAAUGAAGAAGUGUUGGCAAACAGGCGAAUACUCAAAGUUCGCAGAAAGCAAACCUCUUCAACUGCCACACACAAUCCAUUUUCUGGGAUUUGUUUAGUCCCCUCUUCUGGACAAACUGUUGCUCCUGCUGCACCUACUGCAGUCCAUGAAUCCGGCACAACCACCACUCAGGUUACAGUUGAUGCACCAAUUGCCUGUGAGAAAGAAGUUUCUGAAGAUGGGGCAAAUGAUAUUAACAAAACUGAAAAGAAUGGAAAUAAUCAUCAGUCAGAGAAAAAACCCGAUGAAACAGAGGUUGUGCACGCAAGUGAGAAUAUUAAGCAGUUGGAAAGUAAAAAAGAUGAGUGUGUUUCUGGUGCUGUUGCCGAUAAGGAAAGUGCUGAGGAUAAGAGCAAUGAUGUUGUAAAAGAAGAAACUCAAAAGGAGGCCAAUGAUGAAAAUCCAACUGGAAGUGGUGAGGAGACCAAGGAAGAAGAUAAGAAAGAUGACAGGACUGCAAAUACUGAUAACAAAGAUAAUAGUGAAGAUGCAGAUUCAGCUGCAGAAGGUGCAUCAUUGAAUUCAUAUCAACAGCUUUCUAGUGGCCAUAAUGCUUUCACAGGACUCGCUGGCACUGGAUUUUCUACUACUUCAUUUUCCUUUGGAUCUACUACAAAGGAUAGUGGUAUGGGUUCUUUUGGAUUUGGUCUUUCAACAAAUGGGAACUCUUCCCUCUUCAACACAUCAGGUACUUCAAUUGUCCAUAAGAGUGAGGGAACCGGUUUUCCUGCCAUGCAGGAGGUUCUGGUUGAGACAGGAGAAGAGAAUGAGAAAGUUGUAUUCUCUGCUGAUUCUGUACUGUUUGAAUUCAUAGAUGGAGGUUGGAAAGAGCGUGGGAAGGGAGAACUUAAGGUGAAUGUCUCAACAACUGGGGCUGAAAGAGCCAGGUUGCUCAUGAGAGCUAGAGGAAAUUAUAGAUUGAUUCUAAAUGCAAGUCUUUAUCCUGAUAUGAAGCUGACAAGUAUGGAUAAAAGAGGUAUCACUUUUACCUGCAUGAAUAGUAGUACCGGUGAAGAGAAAGAGGGGCUGUCCACAUUCGCAUUGAAGUUCAAGGAUGCUUCCAUAGUCGAAGAGUUCCGUGUUGCUGUAAUGGCAAACAAGGGUAACAACACAACUGUUCUGAAGACACCCGAAAAUUCCCCUAAAGCUACGGAAGCUUGAAAGCAGAGUCCGAGUCAACCGAGACCAAUCCAAUCCGUUUUUGAUUGUUAUAGAUCAUGUAUGUAGGAGAGUCAAUAGAGAACAGUCCAAUCUUCUAUCUGUUGUUAUGAACUAUGUAGCUUGCGGCAGAAUGUUUCAAUCUUUUCUUUUUCAUGGUGUCAACUGUGGAACUAAACUUCAUGAUCUGCUAAGCGAUCAAGAUAUGCAAUACUAACGUACUGUUUACAAUGGAUGUACCAUUGAUAUGGGAUGGAUAUGUGGAA